UGAGUGCUCCGCUGACCCCGCCCAUGAUCGCGACUGGUCAUUGACGGUAUAAUCUGGGUCGCGGUAUUGAAAGGACUCAAGGUUUGCACACAUUUACGUCUCCAUGAGAGAAAGCAUGUUGUGUGUAUUUCGUUGCCUGAUUAUAAACAUGUUAUGUGGACGAAAGACGCCGUCAUACCAAGGGCAGCGGGAUUAUGCGCGAAAGUUGUCUUGGUGAUAGUAUGACGUAAAAGUCCAAAUCACUUAUGACAGUGUGUCGUCACUAAAUGAGCGAUAUGAAACGGAUAUUAAGACAUUCAAGAAUAACUCUAAACACCCGUCUUAGAGUAUGUGGCGCGUGCCUAAUCACAUUCGUUGUAUUUCUGGAAAUAUUUUCAAUGUCAGAAAUAACUGACAACGAAUAUAUUCAUAUUUUCAACUCUGAAGAAGUUCCAAACGCCUCGCAUAAAACCAUACUUCUUUGGACCUCACUUUUCAAUAACAACACAUGGACACUGCCAAAUUUAAACAUACCCAGCUGUCCAAAGUAUUACCCAAACAGAUGUGAACUGACAACUGAUCGAACACGCCUCGUCACAAGCGAUGUGCUGCUAUUUCACUCAGGGGACAUUGAUGAGCUGCCUUCGAUUAGACGGACGGGUCAGAUCUGGGUGAUUUUCAAUAUGGAAGCUUUACCAAACAUACGACAAAGUCUCAAACAGUUUAAUGGUCUUUUCAAUUGGACAACCUGGUACAGGACGGAUUCAACUGUACCCAUGGUAUAUGGGUAUGCUCUGAAAAGGCCUCGAAGAGACAUGGAACUGUCAAUAGAUAUAUUCGCAGAAAAAUCCAAAAUGGCGUUUUGGGCAGCUAGUAAUUGCGAUGAUCCAGUUCAUCGAUACAAGGUUGUGCAUGAACUGAAGAAACAUGUCGAUGUGGAUACGUAUGGUCGAUGUGGGGAAUUGGUGUGUGAUAAGACUGAUAAAGAGUGUUUUAAGAAGUUAACGGACUACAAGUUUGUACUUUCAUUCGAGAACAGCCACUGUCGAGAUUACGUGACGGAGAAGUAUUGGUUGGCGCUGAGAAGGCGACAGAUCCCUAUUGUUUAUGGUGGCGCUGAUUACGAGUCUUUGGUACUUCCGCGCUCGUAUAUCAACGUCAGAGAUUUCACUAACCUAUCAGCACUAGCGACAUAUAUGAUCAAGGUCGCUGCGAACAGAACGUUAUACAACAGUUAUUUUGAUUGGAUGAGGGAGUAUGAACUGCCACCGUGCAAUCAGGAGUUUAACGAGCACUGUUUUGAUUUGGAGUCCUAUUUUUGUUCCCUGUGUGGAGCUCUGCAUGAUCGGACUACACCGUCCCAAGUGUACAGCAACCUGCAUGGGUGGGCGACAAAUGACCUUCCACAGUGUCAGGAGUUUUCAUAUUUCAGGUUGUUCAACCCGUUCAGACUGCUGGGCGUGUAGCCAGUGCCCCGAAGGAGGACCCUCGGACAAACGGUGCAAUAGCGGUUUCCAGGGGGACAUUCGUACUGAUUACGCUACACAGUGAUAACUUUGUCCACGAGUUUCGACAACAAAACAUGUACUUUGAUCUAUUUAUUCUUCACUAGAAUUGUUUCAUCAAAACCAACAUUUUUAUCAAAAUCAACCCCCUCGACAACAACACACACACACUCAUCAACACCAACACACUCAUCAACAUCAUCAAC